AUGACAUUCACAGGUAGACCCAUUCGAAUUGCAGGGGCUUCAGGCUCUGCGUCAGACCGGCGACAUGCCAUCGCUGAGUUUGCCCGCCACUACCCAACCGAUCCGGUGGAUGUGAUCAUCGCCGAUUUCAUGAGCGAGUUUAAUAUGGCAACUUCUGCAGGUCGUCGAACAGAUCAGGAUGAGAAUCCACAGCCGGCUUAUGAUUUGUCAUUUCUUGAGGCAUUGGAACCAGCGUUGGGCGAUAUAGCCAAACAUGGAAUCAAACUAGCUGUCAAUGCUGGUGUGUGCGACACGAAAGGUCUCUUCGAUGUGGUGACAAAGAUGGUGCGGUCAAAAGGACUCGAUCUAAAGAUAGCAUAUGUCACUGGUGACGAGGUUUUGCCUGCGAUCCAGACGGCUCUUUCUGGCGGUGCGUCCGACUUCCGGAACAUCUACACUGAUGAAAGGUUAGCCGACUGGAAGUUUGAGCCUAUAUAUGCUCAGUGUUAUCUUGGUGGGUUGGGAAUUGCUGCCGCUCUCGCCGAGGGCGCUGAUAUUGUUCUCUGCGGUCGCGUAUCCGAUGCCUCGCCUGUGAUCGGUGCAGCCUACUGGUAUCAUGGCUGGCAGCGUGACGAGUUGGACAAGCUAGCCAACGCAUUCGUGGCGGGUCAUCUCAUCGAAUGCAGCAACUACGUUUGCGGUGGUAAUUUUACUGGGUUUAAAUCUCUGGAGAACGACGGAGAUGGCUGGACGAAUAUCGGGUAUCCGAUCGCUGAGAUCUCCGCUGAAGGCGACGUCGUGAUCACGAAGCAGGCCCAUUCAACCGGAGGCCUUGUCACUGUGGAUACCUGCACUUCUCAGCUAUUGUAUGAGAUCCAAGGACCGUGGUACUAUAACUCCGAUGUGACUGCCAUUAUCGAUGGAAUUCACUUCGAGCAGCGAGGUAUCAACCGAGUCGCUGUACGCGGUGUCCGAUCAGGUCCGCCGCCUCCCACCACAAAGGUUGGCAUCACAGCGCGUGGUGGAUUCCAAGCUGAAGUGUACUGGUUCCUGACUGGGCUUGAUAUUGAAGCCAAGGCCCGGAUGUUGGAGGCACAAGUCCGACGACUACUUGCUCCAUCUGCCGAACGAUUCACAUCUCUAAAGUUUGAUCUGCUUGGAUCGGCUUUGCCAGAUGCCAAUACCCAGAAUCGUGCCACGGUGCCCCUUCGUAUUGUGGCACAGGCACGCGAUGCGGACGCUCUCGGGCCUCAGAAAUUCCUCAAACUUGUUGCCGAUGACAUGAUGCAAGGCUACCCAGGAGCCACGCUAAACCUGGACGUGCGCCAGGGCUUUCCUAGACCAAUAUUCGAGUAUUAUGUGACUCUUCUUCCACAGACAUCUGUGCAGCACCAGGUCCACUUGCCCUGGAAACCGACUGCACGCACCCAACUGCUUGAUAUUCCACCCCCACCAAAGACCAAGACAUACCCCUCCCGUCAACCUUCACAGGCGACUACAAAAACCGACAAGGCUGUAGAUCCGAAGCUGGAUUUCGGUCCAACUACGCGUGGUCCACUGGGGUGGAUUGUCCAUGCCCGUUCAGGAGAUAAGGGUUCCGACGCCAACUGUGGCCUCUGGGUUCGUCAUCGGGAUGAAUACUUAUGGCUGCGUAGUCUGUUGUCGAUCGACACAGCGCAGGAACUUCUGGGAGAUGAGGCCCAGCACCAGAAACAGCUGGCUAUCGAGCGUUUUGAGCUUCCAGGUCUCCAGGCGGUGCAUUUCCUCUUCCGUAAUCUCCUUGACCGCGGGGUUGGGGCCACGACCACCGUGGAUUAUUUAGGAAAGAAUGUGGCAGAAUACCUUCGUUCACGACAUGUUGAUCUUCCUGUCCGUUUCCUGAAUCGUGGGAAGCUUUAG